AUGGACGACAACCCUGCCAUCCGCAGCUCCCCUUACCAGCAGCUCCAGCAGCCAAAAGCCUUCUAUCCCCGCCCUCCUCUCCGCCAAGACGGCCUCCCCCUUGCGCCUCCGCUCGGCACUCCUCUUGGACCUCAGCUCGGAUCACUUGCCGAACAAGAAGCCCUGUGGACGCUGCUUCAGCAGCAGAGCCAGCCACCACUUGCAGGCCAGCUUCACUCACAGCCAAUGCCGCCUGGCCAGCUUGGAUAUUUUGCAUCCGUCGGCUCUGUCGGCUCCGUCGGCUCAGGCGUUGGAUGGUCGGGCCAAGGAUACUCACAGUUCAGAGGAUAUCCACAGGGAGUCGGAGGCCUUGGAAGAACCUAUGGAUAUGGAUAUGCAGGGAAACAGACCGCCUAUGGACACUAUGGAACAGCCCAUGGAGGCCAUACAGCCCAUGCAGCACACGGGACGCAUGGAGCACAUGCACCACAUGCACCACAUGGAUAUUAUCCACAGGCAAUAGAGUAUGGAGGGUACGGACAGCACGGGAUAUCAGGAGGACAUAUGCCACAUUACAUGGGGAACCGAGUGGAAACACAUAUGCAGGAAAUAGGAGGGAUGGGAGGGAGAAUAAACAUAGGAAAUCCAAGAAUAGGGAAAUAUGGGGUAGAAGAGGCGAAAAGUGGGGGAACAGGGGGGACAGUGGGAGGGGGAGAGGGGAAGAAGGAGGGGGGAGAGAGCCAGAGUGAAGUACGGUAUGUGAUUUCAGAGUCAGCGGACAGGAAGGGGAAUCCGACGCUGAAAAGCUCGAUUCCGCCGGGAAUCAACUACCAAGAGUACACACGGGACUGUGUGAGUGCAGCAGAGGCGUCACGGCUGUCGCCGUAUCAUCUUUCAAAGUCGGAGCAUGCACUGUUGCGGACGCAUUUGACGCAUGUGCAGAUUACGUCGUAUUUGAAUAUCAGGAACGCAAUAUUGCGGUUAUGGAUGAAGAAUCCGCUUUUGUACGUGGAUCAGUAUGAGGCGUUGGGGAUUGCACAUGAAGAACGGCAUUUUAACUUGGCAAAGGUGUGUUGGGAGCUUUUGGUGCGAGAGGGAUACAUAAAUUUUGGGUGUGUGAGUAUACCGCGGCCGCUAGCGCGGACAGGAGGAGGAUCGAAGACGAUUGUGGUGAUUGGGGCGGGAGUAUCGGGGCUGGCAAGAGGUGCCGAGGGUGGUUCUUUUGGAGGCACGGGGACGGCUGGGAGGGCGGGUGUACUCGCACAAGCUGAGUUCGCCGGCGACGGAGGGGGAUUUCCCGAAGGAAGCGAGAUCAGCGGUGGAUUUGGGGGCACAGAUUAUAACGGGGUUUGCAAAGGGGAAUCCGCUGUCGACACUUCUGGUGAAGCAAUUGGGGCUUCCGAUUCAUUUUCUUUCCGUGCACAAUAUCACGUUGUUCGAUUCGAAUGGCAAGAUGGUGCGAGUCAAUUCAAGUCUAAAGAGAACCGGUGUAACGGAAAGCGGGUGGUAGAAGGGGAUAAAAACAUGGUAGAUGCAGGGAUUGAGCCAAAGAGUGAAGGUGGACGAGUGAUUGCAAAAAUCGAGGACAACGAAGCAAUGAUACCCAGGAUGGAGGACCAUACAGAAGGGGAGAUGAAGGAGAUAGGGGAAAUGGAGGAGGGAGAGAGGAAAGAGAAGGAGAAAAAAAGCCAUCAUACAGAUCCGAUAUCGGUUUUGCAAAAGAUGGGGUUCCAGGUGAAAGGAAAUGUGUCGGUGGACACGAAUUUCGAGGAUAUUCUUUCAAAACAAAAUCCCACAUUGGGGUUUGCCAUGUCUAGAAUUUUAUCGGAGUAUGGGUCGUUGACAGAUCUGACAGAUUUGGACAUGAAGCUUUUGAAUUGGCAUUAUGCAAAUCUGGAAUACGCGAAUGGAACGAAUCUUUCGAAUUUAUCGCUAUAUCAUUGGGAUCAAGAUGAUGGAAAUGAAUUUAAGGGAGCACAUGCAAUGGUGAAGGGAGGAUAUUCGAUUCUUCCUCAUGCAUUAGCGUUUGUCCCGACGCCAUUGGAAAUUCGGUAUAAGACGAUUGUUUCCGGGAUUUCGUAUAAUGAUAAAAAUGCCGUGAUAUAUUGUGAAGAUGGGACGAUGUUUAACGCGGAUAAAGUGAUUAUAACGGUACCACUUGGGGUUCUGAAGAAAUCAUGUAUUCAAUUCAACCCACCAUUACCUGAAUGGAAAACACAGUCUAUAAGACGGCUUAAUUUUGGAUUAUUGAAUAAAGUAAGGGCAAAGGAAGAAAAAGGGCAUUUACGUUUUAUGUUUAACUUGAAACAGAUUAUUCUAGUUUACGAUACGGCUUUUUGGGAUGUAAAUAUUGAUGUGUUUGGUUCCUUAAGGGAGCCCGAUAACAACGGUGUGUAUGAUAAAAACCGAGGUCGUUUUUAUAUAUUUUGGAAUUGUAUUAAAACAGCGGGGCAGCCUGUACUACUUGCACUUAUGGCGGGAGAUAGCGCUAUUCAAAUGGAAAACGAAACUGAUAAUGAACUGAUAAGAGAAGCAACGAAAAUCCUUAAAAACAUUUAUCCAACGAAAAAAGUGCCAUAUCCUAAGGAAACCAUUAUUACACGAUGGGGUAAAGAUAGAUUUUGUUACGGGAGUUAUUCCUACGUUGGUCCGGAAGCAUCGGGUAAAGAUUAUGAUAUUAUAGCAAAACCCGUAGAAAAUACCCUUUUUUUCGCAGGAGAAGCGACAUGUAGAACGCAUCCCGCUACCGUACAUGGAGCAUAUCUUAGUGGUCUCAAAGUGGCCCAAUUAGUUUUAGAAUCCUUGAUCGGACCUCUCGAGAUUCCGACAAACGAACCUCUCAUUCCAUUGAAGCAAAGAGGAACGACAGAAGCGACAUCUGGCGUUAAACGCAAAGCACAGGAUAAUUAUAAAGCAUUACUUGCUGAAUUUAAAGAUGCCCAGCUCGAAAAACAUAAUCAGGAAGUCGAAAAAGUGAUCCUAGAACGUUUAGGGCCCAAACCAUCUGCUCCACAGCGUUCUACGGGGAAUCCUUUCCUCGUUUUUCAAAAAUCUCAAUGGAAUCAUUGUAAAGAUAUUGCGGACCGAAAUAAGCGAAAGGAAACAGGUAACCCAGAAGCCAAAGCUACGAAAAACGAAAUACGAGCAACACUUGGUAGAACAUGGAGAAAUUUAAGCGAAGAGGAGAAAAAACCAUUUUUUGAUAUCGUUGCAACCAAUCGCACUAAUUUUUCAAAUCUUAUUGAGAAAUAUAACACUAUUAUCCAUGAAUAUAACAUUAAAACUGAAGAAAUAAAAGCGGAAAUGAAAGCUAAAUUAGAUGCAAUGCCUAUUUCUCAAGAAGAAUUAGAAUUAAAAAGACUUGCUAAAGAACAGGAUAUCCAGGAAAAAAAGAUUAAAGCGGAAAAAAAAAAAGAAAGAGAUUUAUUUGAAGACGAGUUAAGCGAUUCAUUUGAUGACGAUUAUCAAGAUAACUUACGAAAUGAUCCAUCAUAUAGAGCGGCAACAUAUUUGAAAAAAACAUGA